CCAGUUUCAACCUUGUUCAGAUGAUUUUUCCUUUCAGACGAGAAAAAUUUUCUCUCUCUCUCUCUCUCUCUCUCACUUCCUCUGUCUCUUUGAAGAAAAGUUCAAUUAUUUUUUGAGGAAAAGAAUAAAACUUUAAUUAAAAAGUGAAAUUAUUUAUUCAGGAAAAGUGAAAUUUUUAUUGUUUCAUUUUCAUUUUAAUUAGGGAAAGGGAAAAUCCCCACGCCACCAGUCAACUUUUAGGCUGCUCAAUCGCACAGCUUCCCUAUUUGUCUGGUUUGCGCUUUGUGUUCGCAGCAUUGUGUGAGGCUGCUUUGCGUUAAGAUUACCAACAGCAUAAAUCCGGCUAGCAAAAACCAAAAUGGCUUCCUCUGUUAUUUCACCGUCUCCUCCUUCCAUCAUCAACAGCAAGAAGGAUUUGGGAUUUUCUGCCUCCUCAUCCUCGUUAAAAUUAUCAAUUCCCAGAUGUCAAAAGAGAUCAGUUUCGAGAAAAAUUGUUUCAGUUAUGGCACCACAACAAUCAGAACGCAAGCCAGCCGCCACAGGCUCAGUGAAAACUGUGAUGACAAUGACUGAGAAGAUAUUGGCCAGAGCAUCAGAGAAACCCCAUUUGAGCCCAGGUGAUAACGUUUGGGUUAAUGUUGAUAUAUUAAUGACCCAUGAUGUCUGUGGCCCUGGUUCUAUUGGCAUCUUCAAGAAAGAAUUCGGUGAAAAUGCUAAGGUUUGGGACCGUGAAAAGAUUGUAAUAAUUCCUGACCAUUAUAUAUUCACAAGUGAUGAGCGUGCGAAUCGUAAUGUGGAUAUUUUGAGGGAGUUUUGCGUGGAGCAAAAUAUCAAAUACUUUUAUGAUAUUAAAGAUCUUAGUAAUUUCAAGGUUAACCCUGACUAUAAAGGGGUAUGCCAUGUUGCACUUGCACAAGAAGGUCAUUGCAGGCCUGGAGAGGUCCUGUUGGGUACUGACUCACACACCUGUACUGCUGGAGCAUUUGGCCAAUUUGCCACAGGAAUUGGUAAUACCGAUGCAGGCUUUGUGUUAGGGACUGGAAAAGUCCUACUCAAGGUGCCCCAAACUUUGAGAUUUGUAAUGGAUGGUGAAAUGCCUGAUUAUCUUCUUGCAAAGGAUUUAAUUUUGCAAAUUAUUGGUGAAAUAUCUGUAGCUGGUGCAACAUAUAAGGCGAUGGAAUUUGUUGGCACUACCGUUGAAAGUUUAAAUAUGGAAGAACGAAUGACAUUAUGCAAUAUGGUUGUUGAAGCUGGUGGAAAGAAUGGUGUUAUCCCUGCUGAUAGUACUACAUUUAAGUACCUUGAGGAUAAGACGGCUCUGCCUUAUGAACCAGUUUACAGUGAUGAUCAAGCAAGUUUUCUUUCAGAGUACAGAUUUGAUGUCUCAAAGUUGGAGCCUUUGGUGGCCAAACCUCAUUCUCCUGAUAAUCGUGCCUUGGCAAGAGAAUGUAAAGAUGUAAAAAUUGACAGAGUAUAUAUUGGUUCUUGUACUGGUGGAAAAACAGAGGAUUUUCUGGCUGCAGCCAAAGUUUUUCUGGCUUCAGGAAAAAAGGUGAAGGUUCCCACAUUCCUUGUCCCUGCUACUCAAAAGGUUUGGAUGGAUCUAUAUACUCUUCCAGUUCCAGGAUCUGGUGGCAAGACUUGUUCCCAGAUAUUUGAAGAAGCUGGAUGUGACACACCUGCAAGUCCUAGUUGUGGUGCUUGUUUGGGUGGCCCUAAGGACACUUAUGCACGCAUGAAUGAACCUAAGGUUUGCGUCUCCACCACAAAUAGGAACUUCCCAGGGCGGAUGGGGCACAAGGAAGGCCAGAUAUACCUUGCUUCUCCUUACACAGCAGCAGCAUCUGCUUUAACAGGCUAUGUCACAGAUCCAAGAGAGUUCUUGAUGUAGGGUGGCCAUUUCUAAGUUGUUACUCUGUACUUUAUAGUUUCCGUAAUAUGUUUGUCGACCUAACUUUUGAGUUGUAAGUCUGGAAGAAAAAAAAAACAAAAAAAAACUUGGAAGUUAUUGGUAGUCCUGGGUUUUGUAGUGCUAAUCCCAGAAGAUGCUGUCUGUUGUAUUCUGAGCUAAAAAAUAAUUUUCAUAUUCAGUGGAAAUUGAAUAAAUGUGUUGUAGAAGGAGACGGUUUUAUUA